AUGGUUCUACCGAGAGAAAUAUUCAUAUUAUUCUUAGUGACAGAAGUUCUGGGUCAUUUUGAAGACAUUAUCGAAACGGAUUCAUUUUCCAAUAGCAACAAUCGUUCCAUCGCCGACAGUUUGGUCAUUUUUCGUGCACCAAGCGAAGCACAACACGACGAGAGUGAAGUGAUAGCCCAAGUUCUAAUUGAUGGAACCAGAAAUGACACAAAUAUUUCACAUUUAAAGACAUCUAUGGAAUCUACAAAUUGGAACGAUUUCAAUCAGAAACUUAAAUUCCCUACCAUCGAUUCAGAGAAACAGUAUAAAAUGGCAAAUUUACAUCUCGAGAGGGGAAUAUUUAUUUUCGACUUUUUACGGAAAUUUCUAUCUUUUAUUCAACCUUAUGAUGUACCUGUUGAUCUAUUAACAGAUGCGAUAGAAAACCGGCUAGACACGUCGAAAUUGAUAUCAGAGUCACUCCGUCUAGAAGCCGCUCUGUUAGCAGUAUUUGGUAUAUGCUGUAUUUUGUGCUGUGUAAUACCUGGAAUAGAGCUUUGGCUUGCAUGUCGUCCAAUAAAAGAGGAUUACCAACCGAGUCAACAUCCCGGUGCACUUACAUUUUUCCUCGCAUUCUUCGUCUGCAUUCUCGGGUUGGGCAUGGUUACAAUGAUUGUAUGUAACGAAACGGUAUCUGCAAGUGUGGCAAAAUUUCCAAUCGUAGUUGAAGCUGCUUUACAGGAUUUGAACGACUAUCAUAGCAGCACCACCAUUCAACUCCGCAAAUGCCUUUCAAGGAGUUUGGAUGUUGCUAGUGAAGCAAUUCUUGCAGAUUUAGACAAUAUAGAAGAAUUAUUGGGCAAGCCGAUACAGACUGAAUUAUCCACUGAAACAGGACUAGAUAUUGCAAUCAGCACGCUCACGGAUCUUAUAAAUGCCACGCAAAAAGUCUCGAGUAACGUUGAAUCUUUGUUAAACGAUGGUGAAAAUAUCCGUAAAUCUGGAAAAGUGUUAACUAUAGAAGUCGACAGUUUACGUCGAAAUUUGGAAAAUACAUUGAAAGCUUGUACUGGACAGGAUCGUCCACUUUGUACCAUUAUUGAUUCUUCUGGAUUGCGAGUAACAUUAUGGAUGGAUCAGUUCUUAAGGGAUAGCCGUUUAAUACUGUUGCGCGAUUCUAAACGAAGUAAUUUAACAGAAACAAUUCGUCAAGCUAGAGGAGAAUAUUUGUACAUCCCCCAACAUAUAGCAAGGAAUAGUUUAGAAGUCCGGAAUCAAAUUCGACGUGAAGUGAAUAGAAUGCGCGCCAGAAUCUUCGAUGAAACACGAAAUAUGGAAGCAAGCAAUUCCGAGCUCGUUAAACAAUUAGAAUUUGCAAGGCGUUUAGUGGAUAAUGCGACACCAUAUAUUAUUGUUUUCGAGCAUGUGAGGUGGCUCAUAGGUAUUGGUACCGUUCUUUGCAUUUUACUCAUCUGGCUGUUAUUGAUAGCAGCGCUUUGUUGUCGGUGUGGUACGUCUGAAACUAAAGUCCGACCUACGCUUUUAUGGUAUCUACAGAUAUUCAUGGCUUGUUUUAUCUCAAUUAUAUUAUGGGCAGUUUUUAUCAUGACUUUGAUGCUAUCGAGUCAUACCGAAAUGUUAAUCUGCCGCCCGCUUCAAGAUUCAAAUUACAGUGCAAUAGAAGCUAUUUUGGAAACCCGAAUAUUCUUAGGCAAAAGAUUAAAUAUACCUCUAAAAGAUUUACUCAAUCGGAAAUGUCGGGAGAACGAACCAGCUUACCCUGCUUUUGGAUUAGGAAAUACAAUGAAAUUAGAACAACUUACUGCAUAUUGGACAUGGUCAAGCUUUACCCGAAUCAUAUUAAAAUUUAAAUUCGAACUGAAGACUUUAAAAAUAUUUACACCGUAUUUACGACAACAACUACAUAAUCUACUAUAUGCUUGUGGAUUGAAUUUAACAGAACAUCGAGUUAUGAUCCAAGGAAAAAUUCUGAAUAAAGAUUUAGAAGCCCUGUCGGAUCAAUUGGAUAAGGUUACCCAACAAAUGAGUGAUAGAUUAACAGCUAGAAGCUUGGAAACUAUAGUAAUAAACAUGCAAGAUUUAACUUCGAGACGAGUACAACCUUUAAUGAAACAGCAAGACACGUUAUUAUAUAAACUUGCUGCAUUGGAUUUACAAAUUCAGCCACUACAACGACAGAUAAACGAAUCGCUUGCUCGUUUGAAAACUAUUCAAUAUUACAUUGAUAAUCAAGGGGAUAAAAUUGCUCAGUUGAAAACAAAGAUUUACAUAGAUCGACUAGCUAAUUACCUUGACCAAUGGAGAUUUCACGUAUUAUCCGAAAUGGGCAACGGAGCUGCAAAAUGCCGACCACUUUGGGAUGUCAUAGAAGGAAUUAAGCUUUUACUGUGUAAUCAUUUUUUAGGUAAUUUGAGUGGAUACUGGUUUGCCACGUUUUUGUGCAUAGUUAUUAUGAUAGCAAGUACGCCAACUGCGCACAUUUUGUCUCUCGUGUAUAAAAAGUUCCCAACUGUUAUAAAAGAUACUAGCCUCUUAUCUACGGAAUCAUACAUAUACAGACUGUCUCGUUUAAGUCAAACAUCUAAAUUAUUUGUGGUAUCGUUGAAGAUAAUAAACAACGAAUAA